AUGAGGGCUAUCAGCGUGGGUUCCCAGUUACUCGCUGCUGCUGCGUUUUCUGGGCAGCUAGUGUCUGCUGAGACCAUCAGCGAGAUCAAUGGCAACAGAUACCUCUCGCCAUACAAUGGAAAGAACGUUACCAAUGUCGAUGGUCUCGUCACUGCCAAAGGACCCAGUGGAAUCUGGAUUCGAUCUAAUACUCCUGAUAAAGAUGACCGAACCUCCGAAUCCGUCUACAUUUUCGACCGCAACUUUGGCAAAAUCCUUUCCGUGGGAGAUACUAUCCAGCUUAAUGGCACCGUCACAGAAUAUAGAUCUAGCAAAGCAUACGUCUACUUGACUGAGAUUAUCAAUCCAAAACUUGUCAAGAAGCUCUCUUCUGGAAGUGCUGCAACUCCCCUGGUCAUAGGCAAGGACACUAUCAAGCCUCCUACCAAGGCUUUCUCCGCAUUGGACAAUGGAGAUGUGUUCGGUGUACCAAACAAUGUCAGCCUCAUCUCUGUGGCUAAUCCGACCUUGAUCCCUCGCAACUAUGGUCUGGACUUUUGGGAAAGUUUGAGUGGAGAGCUUGUCACUGUGAACGGUGCUCAUGCUGUGACUAAACCAAACAACUACGGUGAUACCUGGGUUGUUGGGGACUGGAAAGUCACUGGCCUCAAUAGCCGCGGCGGCUUGACGACAGUUGAUAAGGACGCUAAUCCUGAGGCCAUUGUCAUUGGCUCACCGCUUGACGGGUCGAAGAAUCCUGCAGUCACCAGAGUAGGAGACUACCUUGGCGAUAUCACCGGGGUCGUCACUUAUGCGUUUGGUUAUUACUCAAUCCUCCCUCUGACUGCCUUGAACAUUGUCAAGGGUAUUGAACCUGCACUUCCACCUCCUACUAGACUUGUUUCUGAUGGUGACUGCGGCGGUAUCACUGUCGGCUCAUACAAUGUGGAGAACUUAUGGGCCGGGUCCGAUCAUCUGGUCAAUAUCUCUGACCACAUCGUUCGCUACCUUCACAGCCCCGAUCUUGUUUUUAUCCAGGAGAUUCAGGAUGAUAACGGAGAGACUAAUGACGCAGUCGUCAGCGCAAAUCUGACUCUUACCACUCUGACUUCCGCAAUUAGUAGUAUGGGCGGACCUCGGUAUGAGUUUGCCGAGGUUGAUCCUGUUGAUGACCAGAAUGGUGGUGCACCUGGAGGCAACAUCCGCACCGCUUAUCUUUACAACCCAGAUAUUCUUCAACUGCGCCGGCCUAACUUUGGGUCAAGCACCGAAGCCAAUGAGGUCCUUCCCGGCCCUGAGCUCAAGUACAACCCCGGACUUAUCGAUCCUCAGAACUCAGCUUGGACCGCUAGUCGUAAGCCAUUGGUCGCUGUCUUCGAAACGCUCGACGGCAAGAAUUCAUUCUUCACCAUCAAUGUUCAUUUUGGCAGUAAAGGAGGCUCGUCGUCAAUGGAAGGUGAUGCUCGACCUCCUGUAAACGGUGGUGUCGAUGACCGUCAAGAGCAGAUGCAACUGACUGCUGACUUCGUUGCCAAGAUCCUUGCUGAGGAUAAGAAGGCAAAAAUCAUUGUCGCUGGUGACUUCAACGAGUUUGCUUUUGUCCAGCCUCUGGAGAACUUCGAGAAUGUUUCCAACCUACGUGAUCUUGAUGAGGCCGCGAACAUCCCAGAGCUUGAGAGAUACACUUAUCUUUUCGACAUGAACAGCCAGGAGCUAGAUCACAUGUACAUCAGUCAGGCACUCAAGCCCAAGGCACAGUACGAGCAUGUACACAUCAACACGUGGGUGACCAAGGCUCAGCAAAUCUCUGAUCAUGAUCCCUCGUUUGCUAAGCUCAACAUCUGCAAGAACUGA